AUGGCAGAUACCAGCCUGUGUGGCGUGCAACCAUCUUUGCUGGAGCGCUUUUUUGCCAAAUAUGAGUUCACUUGUCGCUAUCAACUGAGCUGCUCCAAUUGCGAGAGCUGGACAACAAAGGAGGUGCUCGAAGAAUCUGAUGUGGAAUGCCAGGAUCUUUGGGACAACGCCAGCUUGGGAUAUACGGAAACCUUGGGGCACCCAAAGCUCUUGGAGGCCAUCUGGCACUGCUACCGGCCUGCGCUUGAAGAUCGAUGCAGGAAACGGAGUAUCACUUUGCCGGCAUCCUUGUGUGAACAACAAGUCGUGAACAUCACUGUGUGCGUGCCAGUCGAAGGCAUCUACAUUGCCAUGUCCCAACUGCUUGGCCCUAAAGACGUGGUCAUUGCCAUGACUCCUGCCUAUCAAGCCUUGACGGAGAUCGCCCGCAGUCGAUCCUGUGAGCUUUGGCCCUGGACCCCGCAGUGGGAGGAAGGGGACUUUUGGAACUUUCGACUGGAGGACUUGAAAGCUCUGUUGCAAAAGUGCCACAACAUGGGCAAGGUCCUGAAGAUGUUGAUCAUCAACUCGCCGCACAAUCCGACAGGAGUGGUGUUCAAUCAGAGCGAUUUGGACCAGAUCUUUCAGUGGUUGGAGGACCUACAGCAAGAGGAGAUGCCCAUUCUUUUCUCAGAUGAGAUGUAUAGCGCUUUGAUGCGCGACGCUCCAACGAACGUGGGUCGCCCGAACGCCAUCGUCCUCUCAGGGCUCUCGAAGCCAUUUGGGAUGCCUGGUCUGCGCAUGGGCUGGCUCAUCAUGGAGAAUCGUGCUCAUUUUGAGAAGGUCAUCGCCCUUCGCGACUACACCACCCUUUGCAUGCCGGUGCAUAGUGAGAUCUUGUCCAUCAUCACCUUGCGGAAUGCCGCAAGCUUCUUGAGACGGAACCAGGCGAUUUGCAAAGAGAACUACCGGAUCCUCCAGGACUUCUUGCUGAGAAUGCCGGACUGGUUCUACCCCUUGGAGCAGCAGCACCAGUGCACCCUGGAGUGGUGUGCCUCCACCGUUUUCCCGCGGCUCAAGAUGCCCGGCAAACUGCAGGGUCAACUCCUGGCACAGCUCAGUACGCCUACGUUGCUGGCGGAGCACUUGGCGUCCGAGUAUGGUGUUUGCAUGAUCGUCAGCGAUCUCUUCGAAUUCCAUUGCCCUUGUGUACGCUUCGGCCUCGGGCUGAAGAGCUUUCCAGAGUCCUUAGAGGCCUUGGAGAAGGUUAUCCAGGAUGCUGCCUCUCCGGGUGCCUCCGAGGUUUUCAGGGAGCUUCAGGCACAUGUGACCUUGGUGCUCUCGGCUUUGGACGAGGUGAAGAAGCACGUUGAAGUCGGUAUGCGUCAAAAUGCGCUAGCCAAAGAGCAGCAGGUUCAGGAGCAAAGCCAGCUCCAGACGCAGUUGCAAGAAGCACUAGCCAAGGCUGCCUUGUCAGAGGCUCACCUCCUAGAGCUGAAGGCGGAGAAGAAGCGCCUCGAGGUGCUCAGCAAAUCCCAAGGGAAGGAGAUCGACCGCCUCAGCCGGCAGAGUCGGGACCCUGGAGGAGCUGAAGGUGGGGAAGCCAUGGAUGGCCACGAGCGGAACGCCAUGGAUGGCCACCUCACUGACUUCGGCCCAGUGGGCGGCCGGAGCUUUGUGAGUUUGGUGGGUUUGGGGCACUUGCGCCAGUUUAUGGUCUCCCACGACUGGGGUGUAGGCGGAAAAGGCACGCAGGCCGGCUAUUUGGCGGAUCGUUAUGGCCUCAUCCACAUCUCAAUGGGGGACCUCCUGCGUGCGCGUGCCAAGUUCUUGCCACAGCUGGCCCAAGAGAUUUCAGAGGGACGUUUGGUGCCGGAUGAUACCGUGGUCUCGGUGCUGAAGGAACGCCUGGCGGAGCAUGACUGCUUCUCACGUGGUGUUCUUUUGGACGGAUUUCCACGGACCCGCACACAGGCCGAGGCGCUUCGGCUCGCGGGCGUGGAGAUCUCCGCGGUGAUCCAUUUGGAGGUCGCCGACGACGUGGUCAUCAAUCGCAUUGCUGGGCGCCGUAUCGACCCUUUGAGUGGGAAGAUCUACCACGUGAAGGACAACCCACCGCCAGCAGAAAUCAUGGGGCGAGUGAUCCAAAGAGAAGAUGACACGCCUGAAAAGAUUCGCCGGAGGCUGGUGACCUACCACCAGGAGCGCGAUGCAAUCCUCGAUUUUUGUCGAGAUCGAGUGCGCACAAUCCACGUGGGUGGCGGGGCACCCGAUGCGCUGCCAGCCGAUGUGCGGUCGAGGGUGGUUUUUGAUGAGGUCCGUAAGGCGGUGGAGGGCGACACCUACUGGGGCUCGAUGAUCCGGUCGGAGCUCAUCGCCAAGGCCUUUGAGUGCGGUACAUCCUCAACCACCUUAGUCAGUGCAGCGCGCUUCUUCCAACAUUCGCGCUACAGGCUGCUACAGAACGGAUGCCUGGCGGAUGCAGCGACCGCCGCUGGGCGGGUGCUGCUGCGGUCACAGCUCUUGCACUUGCACGGCCAGUUGCAGCCACUGGUGCAAUACGAGCUUCGGACCUGGCUUGAAGAGGUGGGACCUCAUUCGGUGGUGGUGGGCCACACCAUCUCUGAGCGGCCAGACGGAGAAGCACCGGUGGACCUUUGUCAUGCUUGGGCCACCUUGGUCUUCGUGGACGCUCACGGCUUGGUGAUGGAUGUCCCGAAGGGAAGCCAGUUAAAGGAGCUCGCGAUGCCCUCGCGGGACACCCAACACGGCGCUCCAUUGGUCAGAUCUCUUGAAGACCCAAAGGAUCGUAUCGGAGAAGUCCCAGUGAAUUGCUGGUCUCACCAAAGCAUCGUGGCAGCCGUGGACCUGGAUAUGGAUGGGCGUGUUCACGAGGCAGCAUGCCUUGCACACAUGGACCGCUGGCGCUUUUGGGUGGCCAAGCACAAUGGCUACCCCGUGGAGAUGAAGGAUCGGGUUUUACAAGCUCGAGUUUCUGGCGCCUAUGUCUCCUACUUGGGCUUGGUGGGUGCUGGCGAUAGCAUCCAAGUCAGAUCCUGGUUGAGAACAUCGACACAGGAGGGCACCAUCGUAGCAGCCUUCGAAGUGCAGGGUGGGAGAGAUGAGGGAGGUCCAAAGGCUUUGGUACUUCGAGGCUGCAUGUUUCUGAGUCUCCUUCGCCAGGAUGAGCAACUGGCCAGCAAGCUUUGA